GCGAGACCCAGCGCGGGACUUCUGGGAGAGGAAAAUGACAGCACUGGGCUUGCGACUACCCACCGGCAAGCUAUUGGAGCCGCUGGCGGCGUUGGGGCGCGUGAACCGAGCUUGCAGCACGUUCCAAACCUUCGCGGAAGUUCUCAGGUUGCCCACGAGACAAAUGACGAAGCUCGCGUUCCCACUACAGGAACUCCAGCGGCAGCUCACACCAGACUCGAGGUUGGACCUUCACGUGAAGACCUUCGACCCGAGUCUGGAGGACAUCUCCAAGGCGGAGAGCGUCUUCACGGCCACGGGCCGCAACUGCAUCGAGUACCUUAGCUCCGCGGUGCGUCUCGACCACGCCCCGGACCUCCCCCACCCUGAGGUGUGUUUUAUAGGCAGAAGCAAUGUUGGAAAAUCCUCUCUAAUAAAAGCCUUAUUUUCACUGGCCCCAGAGGUUGAAGUCAGAGUCUCCAAGAAACCGGGGCACACAAAGAAAAUGAAUUUUUUCAAAGUUGGAAAAUAUUUUACAUUGGUGGACAUGCCAGGUUAUGGCUAUAGAGCUCCCGAAGAUUUUGUUGACAUGGUAGAGACCUAUCUAAAAGAACGAAGGAAUUUGAUGAGAACAUUUUUGUUAGUGGAUAGUGUUGUCGGAAUUCAAAAAACCGACAGUAUUGCCAUAGGAAUGUGUGAAGAAUUUGCAUUACCUUAUGUGAUGGUAUUAACAAAAAUUGACAAAUCUUCCAGGGGACAUCUUUUAAAACAAGUGCUUCAGAUCCAGAAAUUUGUUGACACUGAAACACAAGGAUGUUUUCCUCAGUUGUUUCCUGUAAGGCUCUUGCUGGAUCUUCCCUGCAGCCUAGCUCAAUCCUAGAUCUCAGCAGAAGUGAAAACUUUUUACUUUUUAAAAUCAGCUAAAUAACAGCCACAAUAAAGAUACUACCAUGCUUUUCUCAAUUUCCAAGAAAAACAAAUUAUCUUUAUAGUAGAAAGCUCAUUCAGGAUGUGAGGGAUAAAAAUUUUUCCUUAAAAGGACCAAAUAUAAAGAAAUGCUUCUUAUAAGUUAGAAUUAAACAUUGGUAGAGAUAGAAUGGUUAUUUCUAGAGCUGGCAAUUUUGAGAUAUUUGAUAGAGUUUAGUGAUGAAACAUGAGUCUAUACUUUUAGCUUAUACCUUGGAUAUGGUAAGUACCUUGUACUAGAGCAGAAAUAUAGUGCCAUUCCCAUAGGAUUUUCUUACUCUAACUUCUUUGAGGAAAGCAAUAUGGUAUUUGCUAUGAGAAAUAAUUAAACCAAGUAACAGUUGUAUAUGAAACUAUCCCCUAAUCAGUCAUUCAAGGUCCUACCAAUCCAGAUCACAUUUAAAUUGUUUGUAAUUAUGAACAUGCCUGUCAGAAUCCUUCUUUCAGUCAUUCCUACAAAAUGCUCUUCUCCCUUGACUUUCAUUCAAGUAUUUAUCCUGUUCAUUUGUCUGUGUUCCAUUUAUAUAUUGGAGACUCCUAGGGGCAGGAAUGAAAUCCUACUUCUUAGAGCCCUGAGCAUUGUCAUGGAAGAAUAGCUGUUUCUUUUAACUGUUUAAUAAGAAGGAAGUGAGACCAUCACUAAAAAUGCAGCACAAACAUAAGAUGGACAGAGGACUGUGGCUUAACAGCAGCAUUUAUUGGGGAAAAAUUAAUCUUUAGUUGACUAUAAGCUGAAUUUGAAUUAACAGUUUAAUGGGGCUGGGGAAAAACUGACAAUGUUUUCUUGACCUACAUUAAUAGAAUUAUAGUGUUCCAAAAAAGGGAAUGAUCUAGCAGUAGUUCCACACAGCUUUGAGCCACAUGCCAUCAGAUCAAUCAGGUUAGACGGUGGCUCGACAUUAAGAACAACUAGAGCUAUCUGAAAACAGAUGGUCUUGGGAAAGGUUACAUCAUUCAUAAUACUUACCUGGUCCUCACAGUAAACAUCCCUAUUUCCAGCUACGGUUAUAGGUCAAGGAAAUGAAAUAAGUUGCAGAGAGGUAUUUGUUUAAAUAGAAAGAGCAUGGGCUUUGGGGUCAGAUGGCCUUGAUUUUGCAUGGUUCUUCUACUUCUUGGCUAUAGAUUUUAAAGCAACUUUUUUCAUUUUCUGUGUCUGUUUUCUCACUAGUAAAAAUAUGAUUGUUAGAAGGAUCAAAUAAAAUGGAUGUACACACAGACACAUCAUAAAUGUUAGCUUCCUUUCUUGCCAAGUCAGUAAGUAGCAGGGGUAGGCCAACAACCCAGAGUAUCAGAUUUUCAGUACUUUUUAAAGAUAUUCCCUUCUUUAGAUAUGUCAGCGUUCUCUGCUGUAUGACCCUGGAAUCACUGCUGCCAUUGUACUUGCCAUAAGUGACCAAGGCACUUGAGAUGCAGGAGCCUGGUGACUUUCAAGAACUUCAGCAUUCAUUGUAUAUAGUGACCACAUACAGGAAUUUGGCAGACUGGACUUUGUAGCUCUCAAAACCCAAUUCAGAAAGUAGAGUUAUAUACAUUCCUUGGCUUUAUGUGCAUGACCAAGUACUAGUCUGUCCCUCCAGAAAGAAGUUUGGCCUAUUCAUGAAAUAAUUAUGAUAAAAUAAGGUUUUAUUUCCUUCUCUUCCUAUGAUCCUUAUAGGAGAAAGGUGGAAGUAUAGUCCAGCAAGCUUUGGCCUUUAAGGCUUGGCAAAAGUUAAAUGCUGAACUUCAUGUCAGAACUCUGCCCCAGCUGAGUAGAGAUGUGUAAAUGGUGAAAAGCCCCUAAAAAUUGAUGCUGGGAUCAGUCUGUCUUUAUAACUGUCAUGGGAGAAAUAUGUAAGUAGGUACAGUAUAAUUGCUUUUUAUAUAGUGGAAUUCCAAGCAAAGACAAUGGACUCUGUUGGACAAUAAGGACUCUAUUGGACAAUGGACAAUGGACAAUAAGGACAAAAUCACAUUACAACAUUGACAGAAAUGUUGCAAAUGAGUUCAAGAUGCCAUAAUUAAUGUGUGGACAAUCCAACUUGUAUUUCUCCUUUAAACUAUGUAACUUCACUUAUAACCCAGAAAUCAUUAUGGGCUGUUCUCAAGCAAGCAGCUUUGGUCAAAAAGUCUAAAAUGCUGUAUUUUAUCAAGAAGGGAAUUAGGAGUACAGCAGAAAAUAUUUUACCUGUUUUAUAUGCAGGUAUAUAUGAUUCUUGUAUCCAUAAAAAUCAUAGUGUAUUCAUAAAAGUCCAUGUAGCCUGAGAAACCAUGUGGUCACUUCCAGCUGACAAAUGGAUGGAUGCAUAUGGAUGGAUAUAGUAAGAUGAGUAGACAAUAAUAGACACAAUAAUGGUGAUGAUGAUUUUUUUAAAUGAUGAAAAAAGGUCUAAAUUAUCAAGGUUGUUGAAUCUUUGUCGCAAGAAGAAUAAACUAAAGAAAUCAAAACUUUUAGUCUAGGAAAUAAAAUGCAAAAUAGAAGAUAUUCCAAUAGCAUUUUUCACAGAAACAGAACAGUCUUAAAAUUUGUAUGGAACUACCAAAGACCACAAAUAACCAAAGCAAUCUUGAGAAAGAACAAAGCUGAAGGUAUCAUGGUCCCUGAUUUCAAACAAUAUAUUAUAAAGUUAACAGUAAUCAAAAAGGUAUGGUACUGGCAUUAAAAAAAGACACAUAGAUCAAUGGAACAGAAUAGAGAGGGCAGAAAUAAUCCCACACAUAUAUGGUCACUAUGACAAAGAAGCCAAGAAUACACAUUCGGAAGAGGGCAGUGUCUUCAAUAUCUGGUGUUGGCAAAACAGGAAAGCUACAUGCAAAAGAAUGAAACUUAGAUUACUGUCUUACA